ACAUCCCUUUCCCAUUCUCGGAUUCGUCCCUCCCUCUCCCCCGCGCCUCGGCAAGCCGCUGAAAACAGCAGUCGAGCAGUAACCUUGCGAGUGGCGUCUGAAAGAGAUUCGACCGCACAGUGCUGGGCGAACACUGCGCGGGGCAGGGGUGCGAAUGUGUGGGAGUGCUCUUCUUAUUGCCGUUCCCUACACAGGCGGGUGCAACCAGGUACCAGACAAGAAGGGAAGAACUGUUAAAAUCGCAUAGGAUACCUCGGAGCAAAAACCGGUGUGUUAUCCGAGCACAACGACGGCGGGACAGACUUAGCCUACUGGAGUAUCUGUCCGCGUCAACAGUCCGGGGACGUCGGAAUUCGACCGGGGAAAAAUAGCUGUUUCUGAUAUCAGUCGUUUGAGGUGAUGGACUUGAGGUAGUGGAUCCCUUUUUCGUUUUUGUCUCUUCGCGUUGGGAGUUGCCGAUGGGCGAGUUGCCUGAGAAUGCUCGCUAGUCGCUUUAGGUUUCCACCUCUCUUUUGUGUCUCCUCAGGUAACAGGUAGGAUGGUGGCAGGGGAGGCAAGCGGGCACAGCUACCUGGUGGCUUGCUGGCAGCCCAUCCUGAUACUGAUGCUGGGCACGGUGCUGUCGGGCUCAGCCACGGGCUGCCCGUCCCGCUGCGAGUGCAACGCCCAGGAGCGCUCGGUCGUGUGCCACCGCAAGAAGCUGAUGGCUGUCCCCGAGGGCAUCCCCAGCGAGACCCGCCUCCUGGAUCUCAGCAAGAACCGCAUCAAGACUAUCAACCCAGAUGAGUUCACCAACUACCCCCACCUGGAGGACCUGGAGCUGAAUGAGAACACCAUCUCAGCCAUUGAACCCGGGGCCUUCAACAACCUCUAUGGCUUGCGGACGUUGGGGCUGCGCAGCAACAAGCUGAAGCUCAUCCAGCUGGGUGUGUUCACAGGCCUCAGCAACCUGACCCAGCUGGACAUCAGCGAGAACAAGAUCGUCAUUCUGCUGGACUACAUGUUCCAGGACCUGUACAACCUGAGGGCCCUGGAGGUAGGGGACAACGACCUGGUGUUCAUCUCCCACAGGGCCUUCCAUGGGCUCAGCAGCCUGGAGCAGCUCACACUGGAGAAGUGCAACCUGACCUCCGUCCCCACCGAGGCCUUCACCCACCUCCACAGCCUGAUCUCCCUCAGGCUCCGCCACCUCAACAUAAACAUCAUCAGGGACUACUCCUUCAAGAGGCUAUACCGGCUCAAGGUGCUGGAGAUUGCUAACUGGCCCUACCUGGACACCAUGACCUCCAACUGCCUCUACGGCCUCAACCUCACCUCCUUGACCAUCACCAAUGGCAACCUGACCAGCAUCCCCUACAUAGCCCUCCGGCACCUCGUUUAUCUCCGUUUUCUCAAUCUUUCCUUCAACCCCAUCCAGACUAUCGAGGGGAACAAGCUUCAUGACCUGCUGAGGCUGCAGGAGUUCCACUUAGUGGGAGGCAGGCUGACCACCAUUGAGCCCUACUCCUUCCGUGGCCUCAACUACCUUAAGAUCCUCAAUGUGUCCGGCAACUCCCUCAGCACCCUUGAGGAGUCGGCCUUCCACUCGGUGGGUAACCUGGAGACCCUGGCUCUGUAUGACAACCCGUUGGCCUGUGACUGCCGCCUGCUGUGGGUCUUUCGUCGCCGUUGGAGGCUGAACUUCAACCGGCAGCAGCCUACAUGCGCCUCCCCAGAGUUUGUGCAGGGCAAAGAGUUCAAGGACUUCCCGGAUGUUCUCCAGCCCAACUACUUCACCUGCCGCAAGUCCAGGAUUCGGGACCGCAAGGCCCAGCAAAAGUUUGUGGAUGAGGGCACCACCGUCCAUUUUGUGUGCCAGGCAGACGGCGACCCAGCCCCCGUGAUCAUGUGGCUGUCCCCCCGGAAGCAGUUCAUCACCACCAAAACCAUUGGCCGCCUGACGGUGUUCCCAGACGGCACCCUGGAGGUGAGAUACGCACAGAUCCAGGAUAACGGCACAUACGCCUGCAUCGCCAGCAAUGCGGGGGGCAACGACACGGCACUGGCUCACCUGCAUGUGCACAGCUACUCCCCCGACUGGCCCCACCAGCCCAAUAAGACCUUUGCCUUCAUCUCCAACCAACCCAACGACAACGUUGCCAAUGGGACGCGUGCCACGGUCCCCUUCCCUUUUGACAUAAAGACCCUGAUCAUCGCCACCACUAUGGGGUUCAUAUCAUUCCUGGGGGUUGUGCUAUUCUGCCUUGUACUCCUGUUUCUGUGGAGCAGAGGGAAGGGUAACACCAAGCACAAUAUCGAGAUUGAGUAUGUUCCCCGUAAGUCAGACGCUGGCAUGAGCAGCAGUGGGGCAGACGCCCCCCGGAAGUUCAACAUGAAAAUGAUCUGAGGGGCCGCCACCGCCCGGAAACAAGGGGACCCAUACAAAAACAAAAUAAUUUUCUGAAAAAAAAUAAAAUAAAUGAAUAAGUGAAGUCCUCCCUUACAAAAGAAAAACAAAAACCCUGGAUCCUAAGACAUUUUCCGUAGAGUAACCGAAUUUUCUUUCCCAACUUGAAAGAUGGGGAGGAGACAUUCUUUGCUUUCAUUAUAUGUUGAAUUUACAGGAAAAAAUAUAUAGCACAGCAGAGCCCCCUCCUAGAUGUUCAUUUCUGCUAGGCCUUCAGGGACCCCUUUCUUUUGAAAGCAAACUUUGUUGUAAGGGAUUUAAAUUUCGAUGGAGCUUUACAGGGGGGAAAGUUGAUUAAAAAAAGGAAUGAACCCUUCGAGAUGUUCUUUUCAUCCACUGGAAUACAAGAGGUGGAUCGUCUUUCUCCUUUGCUGUCUUUUUGCCUGUUUGUUUUACUUUUUUUUUCAUUUGUUUUUUGUAACAAUGGGAACAUACUCUUUGUUUUGUGAAAGCAGCAAGAUAGGUCAUCCUGGUAUGGGUUGGUGAGCACAUUACUUUUUGCAGUUUCCCUGUAUUAUCUGCAGAAAAGGACACCAUUGUUCAGGUUGCAAUAAACAACAGACACAAAAGUCCCAUGUUAUACAUACGCUUCAUUUUCAGUCACAGCUGUUGAAGCAAUGGAAGGAGUCCAUAUCAAACCAUGUUAAUUACUAACAGUUCUCAUAGUCCUUAGCCCCACAUGUCAAUGUUGUGAUGUAAAUUAUCUAAAAAAGUCAAAUUUGUUCCCUAAUUUCAGCUUUAAAACCAGCACUUUAUUUUCAUCCAAGGUGAAGCUCCUUGGUGCUCUGUUGAGCCUCGUAAAAAUGUAAAAUUAUAUGAUAACAAAUUUGUCAAAUGUUAGCAUCCAUUUUUUUAAAAGUCUGUCUUACAUUGGCGUAUCAUACUCCUGUUUGGUGGACUCUAGAAACUAGGUCCGUGAAGGGGAUGGUUUCCUUGUGUGGUUAGGUGUUGACAGAGUGUCAUGCAGGCACAAGCUGUCUGAUAUCAGGCAAGAGUUUAUGAGACAAGAAUGCCACCUGUGGUAGAAUAGCUGAAUAGCUGUUAACUUUCAUCUUGUUCAAAGCAGGUCUGCAUGUUCUGCAUUAUUAACAACACACAAACAGAGCCCCUUGCCAGCCUUCAGAAAUAUUCAGCUUUUGUUAAGACACGCAGUGUCUUCUUUAAAUAAUGUUGAAGGGAUCUUCAUCAAUGAACAAUGGCACACUGAGAGCAUUCCACAGUUGACUGUUUCCAGUGACCAUAUAAGGAUAGGCAGACGAGUCAAAAUGGAGUCACGCCUUCAACCGAGCGGACUGGCAAAGCAUAUUUAAAGUGGAAUGUUGCAUAUACCCCAAAAUACACAUUGAACAAAUAGGAUAACCUGCUCAUGGAUGGGAUUUUGUUAUUUUAAAGGGAAAAAUAAGUCCCAACCUGGUCAUAUCCUGCAGACCUCCACAGAUUUCAGCAGGCAUCCAGGAUGCAUUUCUGUUUGAUAUGAGCAGAGCAUAGCUGCCAUGCCACAUCCAUCGCAUUUACAUUUCUGCUACGUGAUCUGAUUGGAUAGUGCCACAUCAAGAGGAGUUUUGCUGGUUGCCUUUACAGUUGCUUACUUUUGUUUUGUAUGAGUUAAUUUCAGCGCUACUACUGAACUCAAGAAAGGUCAAUAUCCUAAAUAUUGUUUAAAUGUGUGCUGAGUAAGACUGCAUUGUAAUUUAAUACAGGGCCUUCAUAUACAUGUACAGGCACACGCAAGUGUACACGCGCAUACACACUUACACACAAACACAAACACACACACACACGACAGGAAUGUAAUGUGUUCAUUAACCCUAUAAACACUACUAAUGCUGGUUCUCAAGUCAGUAGAAUUUUAGGAAGCAUAAAUCUCAGUGAGUUUUAUGGAUUAAGAGUUUUAUUUAAUUUGUUUAUUUUAUUUCUUUUUUUUUUUUUUGAGAACUGACGUCUUUUCUUCACCUCUCUUUCGGCCAGCCAUACCCAGGAUCCACAGACCCUUCUUUUCUUUACAGUUUGUGAUUCUCAAAGAAAUAUGAAGGAUGUGAAGGGGAAAAAAAACAGCAAACAAAAUAUUUGGACGCACCAUGGUUGUACAUACAAAGCCCUUAUAUUUUACAGCAUACACACUGUGGACAGCUGGACCAUGCCGGUGGAGGUGAAGGGCUUAUUUACAAUGACUGAUGUUUAAAAUCACAAGCCAAGUUAAAGGGUUUGCAAGUACUAAAUAUCGAAUAUGGUGAUAGAAAGUGACACAGAUGGCUUGACCAAUCGUGGGCUAUGUGGAGAGGAUUUAGAAUAAUCCUUUUAUUUUUCCCCAAGAACCAUCGGACAUACCAGUCUGCAUACUGCUCUAAUGUGCUGAUUAAAAAUGUUCUUUAUGUUAAACCUGUGGCUACUGUACCAAGCCCCGCUGUCCCAUUCAAUUCAGAUUAAUUGGAUUAAUUUUUUUUAAUGCUAACCCAGGACUAUGUUGUAUAUGUAGUCCAAACCAACUUUUUAUUAAAAGAUAUUGAAAAAAAUCAACAACAAAAUACAUUCAAAUUGUUCUGUGCAAUAAAAGUAAUAUGCAGAUUUUUUUUUUUUAUUCAACACAAUUUUAUUGAUGUUAAAUUGUUGAAAAUAUGGUAUGUUGUAUUAAACAAUCUAUGGAUUUUUUUUAUGGUCA